AUGUUCUUGACGAAUUGUAGGAAUAUAGCAUAUAAGCAGGGGCAGUAUGUUGGAAAGAUAAGAGAAUAUUUCUACUACAUAAGUCAUGAAGGGAUGUUGUUCCUCGACGAUUCGCGGUCGAAGAAUUUCACAUCUGCUUAUAAGGAUACGGAUUUUCUGAAUUUCUUUUAUAAGCAAUUACGACUAAACGAUACGGACCGCUAUAGGGAUUCUUUUCCAUACGUGAGUCGAUGCGGUCGGGAGCAUAAUUUUCUACGCUGCGAUGAUCGGCCUAUAGUUUUCACUGAAAUUGUCGAUAAUGGGACAAUGAUGCGCAUCGGACAAUCCACGCGAAAGUAUCCUUUUGAGCCCACCUCACUGUCGAUGCUGAGUAAUGGUCGGCUCUACCACAAGGCACAUUUUGAGGAAUACGGUUUGAUAAUGUCGAAAACCGCUGAUAAACUGUUCCCUCUGUUCACCUUCGACGAACAUGGUUUUCCUACGAAAUUUCGCUGGAAGGGAGAAGUCUAUGAACUAACCAAUGAAAUUCGUAAGCAAGUGGAGUCAUGA